AACCAUCGCGCUUCCUUUUCCACUUGCGCCUGCAAUCAUGGCGGAUGUGGUGCAGGAGCAGGUAACGGAGCUGAAGCCCGAGCAGGAGAAGGUCCUGAACGGCGAAGCCGAAGAGAAGGAGGAGGCAGACCCAUCCGAAGAGACAGCCAAAAAGAAGAAGAAAAAGAAGAAGAAGAAUAAAUCCGCAGCGCCUGCAGGCAGCACUGAGGCAGAAGGGGAUGGCGUGAACGAUGUGACAAAACAGCUGGAAAAGCAGGCUUUGGAGGACAAGGAGAAAGAGGAGGAGGGAGAGGAAGAUGGCGACGAUGGCGAGAACUCAGCCGGGAAGAAGAAGAAGAAGAAAAAGAAGAAGAAAGGACCCAAAGUUCAGACUGACCCACCAUCUGUGCCCAUCUGUGAGCUGUAUCCCAGUGGAGUUUACCCCCUCGGACAGGAGUGUGACUACCCUGUUUUACAGGAUGGUCGCAGUGCCGCAUGGAGGACAACCAAUGAAGAGAAGCGUGUUCUGGACAAGGCCAAUGAGGAGGUGUGGAGUGACUUCCGCCAGGCAGCCGAGGCCCACAGACAGGUCCGCCAGUACGUCCGCAGUUGGAUCAAGCCUGGUCUGACCAUGAUUGACAUCUGCGAGCGGUUGGAGGGCUGUUCUCGGAAGCUCAUUAAGGAGAACGGGCUGAAUGCGGGUCUUGCCUUCCCCACAGGCUGCUCCCUCAACAACUGUGCGGCCCACUACACCCCCAACGCCGGAGACCCCACCGUGCUGCAGUACGAUGACGUCUGCAAGAUUGACUUUGGCACUCACAUCAACGGGAGGAUCAUUGACUGUGCCUUUACUGUCAUCUUCAACCCAAAGUAUGACAAGCUGCUGGAGGCUGUGAGAGAUGCCACUAAUACUGGAAUCAAGUGUGCCGGUAUCGACGUGCGCCUGUGUGAUGUCGGAGAAGCGAUUCAGGAAGUGAUGGAGUCUUAUGAGGUCGAUAUCGACGGCAAAACAUACCAAGUGAAACCUAUUCGAAACCUGAACGGUCACUCCAUAGGGCAGUACAGGAUACACGCGGGGAAGACUGUCCCCAUCGUCAAGGGCGGCGAAGCCACACGAAUGGAGGAGGGAGAGGUGUACGCCAUUGAGACAUUUGGCAGCACAGGGAAGGGUGUGGUACAUGAUGACAUGGAGUGCUCCCACUACAUGAAGAACUUUGACGUCGGACAUGUCCCUAUCAGGCUCCCCAGGGCGAAGCACUUGUUGAAUGUGAUCAACGAAAACUUUGGCACGCUGGCCUUCUGCCGACGCUGGCUUGAUCGUUUGGGAGAGAGCAAGUACCUGAUGGCCCUAAAGAACCUGUGUGACCUGGGCAUCGUGGACCCCUACCCUCCCCUCUGUGACUCCAAGGGCUGUUAUACGGCCCAGUUUGAGCACACCAUCCUGCUCAGACCCACCUGCAAGGAGGUGGUGAGCCGGGGGGACGACUACUGAGACCCCCCCCCCUCCCUCUACUCACCACCCCCCCUCCCCCUCCUAUUACCCCCAGCCCCUUCUACAGAGAAUCCAUACACAGAACCAUCACCUGCCCUCUGUAUCAGAAGAAAGCUUCUGAUACACGGCCGUGGCUUCGGUCUCUCCUGUCAUGGCAGAGAGCAGCAGCAGCAAAAGUUACAAAAUGCUGCUGUCAAGUUCUACACACAAUGCAUUUUUCUGCUACUUGGAGCGUGUAGGAAGAGGGACUGGCUUUCUUAGCAGUGGCUGAAUUUUGUAUGAUUUGUUUUGGGGGUGAUGGCCACAACUUUUUACAUCCAAUAUAAAGUAAAACUUAAGCAGGUAAACGGUGACAGCAUAUUAUAUCUAUAACUUCUUACAUUACUGCCCUGAGUAUUAACACAUGUAUGUAAGGCUAAAAAUACCCUUUUGUCCUGUCAUUUGAGAUUCAGGUUGUUUGACUGCAGUCCUUUUUCUUUUUCUGCCUGUAAACCCUCAGUGCACAGUUCUUUAAUGGCAGGUCCCCAACUGUCCCCUUAGUGACAUGGGGCAUACUGGGUCGCUGUUCAGAAUCACUAGUCUAAAACGUAGAAAUAGUUCCAGUGUUCAGCUUGAGGUGGAGGGUCAGAACGAUAACGACAGCAUGCAUCUUGGGCUGUACGUUUGGCUGCUACAGGAGGGGACUCAGCGCUCCGCUCCUCCAGUAUUUGUUUCUUUGAUAUUUGUAAAGUAUCUUUGAAAUGGCUGCUGCUGCCGUAAUGCUUCAUUUUGAAUUCCCUGAAAUGUUUUUGUAAGAAAAAAAAUGAUUAAAACAAAUAAUUUUGCUCUCUG